AUGUCGACCACCACUGGGCCGUCAAUGUGUUGUCCUGACUGUGGAGAGGCGUGUGGUUUCGGAGACCUGCAGAUAAGCCACACCUGCAAGAAGAUCUGCGUGACCCCCAGGCGGAAGUCAGAGGGAGCUGUGGUGGCUCUUUCGGCCCAGCAGCAGUGCUCUUCUUUGGGGAGCAGUCCAAUCAGCCACCCCUUACGUCUGGAGCUUCUGGAUGCCCUGAGCUUGGCCUCUUCAGCCGCGGUUCCUCUGGGUCAGCUCCUCGUUCGCAGACAUGCUCCCUCCCUCUCCCCGCUGAUGGCCAUGGCGGUGUCCACUGAGGCGCACUCGGAGCAGGUGGUGGCCCAGCUGAGCGUACCCUGGCUGGGCAGGCUGGCGGUGGAGGCCCGGCUGCAGCAACUGGCUCUGGAGGUCCAGCAGAGGGUGUCCACCCGACUGGGAGCGCUGCAGGAGGAGGUGAAGAGGAGGAGCGCGGAGGUGCGCAGGGCAAGGAGGGAGAGCGAGAGAAUGGAGAGAGAGAAGCGGGACGCAGAGGAGAGGGCGGUCGAGCUGGCCCGGCAGGUGGACGUUUCUGUGGAGAUGCUGGCCAGCCUGAGGCAGGAGCUGAUGGAGAGGGAGGAGGAGCUCAAUCUCAAACAUCAGGAGGUCUGUGAACUGGACAGGUUUGUGCGAGAGACUGCUUUCAGGGAAGCGAGCGCUAAGAUCCGCCUGCAGAGCUUCAUUGAGGAUCUCCUGGAGCGAGCAGAGAGAGCAGAGAAACAGCUGCAGAACCUACACAGUCUCUCACACACACCCACUGACAUGGCAUCGCUCCACGGACCGCUAGCUCCCAGAGGAGCACCAUAUCAGAGGAGCUACAGCGUAUCAGGGAUGUCCAGGUGCUGUUACUCGCAGUAUGAUCGCAGGGGCAGUCCACUUGCCAGGUACAGUGGCAGCAGGAUGCGGACCCUGUCCGUCGGGUCUGGGGGGUGUGAAGUGGACUGGGAGGGGGCACCGACCGCUCUGGAGGCACAGUAUUACCAUGUGCUGUGUGCGGGUCUCCAGGGUCCACAGAGGGCCCCUCCGUCUCCCUGCUGGACCCCCCACACACAGCCCGGAACUGAGGGCGACUCAGACAGCUGGUCCAUCUACACUGCUGAAUCACAGGAGGAUCUACACCCACGCAGGCGCUACAGAACAUACAGCAAGACAGAACACGCUGCCUUCCACUGCCCGACCUGUCGCCAUGGCAACAGACCUGAGGACUCAAUGAUGUGUUCAGAGCGAAUGAGAAUGAGGGCGUGGCUUUUCUGUGUCUUCACUUACCUGGACACACGCUCCCUCCUCACCGCUGCACAGGUGUGUAGAGACUGGUGGAGUGUUGCUCGUCACCCUGCAGUGUGGACCAGAGUAACACUAGAGAACAUUCGCAUCUCAUCAAAGUUUAUGGUGACGCUGUCUCAGUGGUGCAGUCAGACACAGUCGCUCAUUCUGCACAACCUCAAACCUCGCUCACGCAACCGGAAAGAGAGUAAAGAAGAGUAUCAGAAGAGCACAAGGGGCUGUCUGGAGGUGGGUCUAGAGGCAGUGCUAAAAUCAGCAGGACGGAGCCUAAUGUCUUUGACCAUCUCGCAUUGCCCCAACAUUCUGACAGACAGAUCACUGUGGCUCGUCAGCUGCCACUGCAGAGCGCUGCGUACACUUACAUACAGGAGCUCAUCAGACCCCGUCGGACAGGAGGUGAUCUGGGCUUUAGGAGCGGGAUGCAGAGACAUUACCAACUUACACAUAGCGCCUCUACAGCCAUGUCAACAGCCCACUCGCUUCAGUAAUCGCUGCUUGCAGACAAUCGGUCGGUGUUGGCCUAACCUGCGCCAGGUGGGUGUGGGUGGGGCUGGCUGUGGCAUUCAGGGAUUGGCCUCUUUAGUGAGGAACUGUGCAGGUGUGUGUGUGCUGGAGUUGGACCACAUGAGCGAGAUCAGCCAGGAGGGGGCAGCAGAGCUGUGCAGAGAGGGACUGCAGCAGCUACAGACACUGAUCUUCAACUCCACACCUGUCACUGCUAAAGCCAUACUGCACUUUAACAGUGUUUGUGUAAAGCUGAAGAAUAUUGUGGUGCAGAUGAGUAUUGCAGAUUAUUUUGAGGACGCUGAGAGUGAAGAUGCAAAGAGGUUGUUUGAUGAGAUUGUCAACAACUUGCAGGUUCUGCGGAAGAGACCUGGCCUGUCCGACAUCCUUCAGAUUAAGGUGGACAGACCGUGAUGUCAUCAGCUAGAACAUUUUAAGAACAGAACCUUUCUGUUCAUCACUGUGAGAUUCUACCUGACCAAAUACACACACACACACACACACACACACACACACACACACAUACACACACACACACUUUGCACAGUGUUACACAACACCAAACUAAUUAUAACAAUAAGAAAAAUUCUCAGGUCUGACUUUUAUUGUAACAUUUCAAGUAUGAAACAUAUUCCUUGAAAAUACUCAUGUAUAUACAUACACUUACCACCUAACCUUACCUUUUAUUUUCCCACUCCUUUUGUUACUGUAUACACAUACAAAAAUUGGUGGUAACACUUUAGUUGAAGGCUACCUUCAUAGAAACAUAGCACAGGCAUAAGCACUGAAUGACAUAUCUAAAAGGCAGUUUUGAGAAUUAAUGAAUAGCUUAUGCC